AUGAAGAGAAAAGCUGAAGAUUCAACAUCAAACCGUAUGAAAAAGAUUUCUACUCAAAGUAAAGAUGAUAAUGAUGAAAAUGGUGAAAUAGAAGAAAACAGCGAUGACCAAUUGCUCAUGAAAAUCCUGCGCAGGGUUUGUGCGGCUACAAACCCUGAACAACAGUUGUUACCAAUCCCAGACUCAAGUGACAAUUUGGAAUCCUUCUGCGUUAAGUCACAGGCUCUACAACAAGCAAUUCAAGACUGUCGUUCAGGGAAAACAUCUUUCCUAGCUCUGACGGGGGCCCUCGACAGACCCGACUACGAAGCCCAGGAAAUUGCAAGUAUGACUCACGAGCGGGCCUACAUUUAUAGGGCGUGGCAAGCACGCGGGGCACAAGAACUUGCAGAUGAGAGACUUAUUCUUGGAAUUGAAGAGAAAGACGACAAAAGUGCUACAUUUGCAUUUACAGCUACAGCUACAAAAAUGGGGUCUAAAACUCGAGAAAAAAGUUGA